UUUUCUACCUGAGUGUAAGGAACCCAGGUACCUAAGUAUAUCGAAAACUACACCCUGCUGCUAUCUUCCUUCUCAUAGUUUAGUUCGAAGACCAUAUCUUGUUCAACCGGGGUAGAUCUAUUCGAGCCCGAUCGUUACUUGUUGACGAAAACCAACGAGUAUGUCAGAGAAGCUCGUCAACCCAGACGCGCUCCACGAGCCCGAGAAUGCUGUUCGGUGGUCUCUCGAGCAUGACCAAGCCAAGCCAAGCCGACUUAAGCCUGAUGACGAUGACUUGCAAGCUAGAAAAUAUGAUGCUGCUGAGGAGAGAGACACACUAGAGAGCGAUUCUGUUUCCAUUACCACCGUCGGCUACGAGCUCCCCAAGUCGACAUUAGACCUGGACAGCUGUCCCAGUAAAGAUGAUAGUAGCUCCACUAGUGAGGAGAGCUCCUCCAGCAAGGAAGAUCCGAUCCCAAGAGAUUGGACUGAGGCGAACGAGGACCUGAUCCUCGAUAAGUUGCUUCUCGACUUGAGCCUGAAUGGUCCAGAUACCCUGGACAAACAGAGCGAUGACAAGGCAACUGACGAGAGCGAGAACAGCCCCAUAGAUCUCGACAGCGAGGACACAAAGCCUCAUACGCAUAUAACCAACACCCUCAAUAAAUAUAACCAGGUCGGAUUUGGCUCCGAGCAUGACCCGAACGCGGGACAGGAACAAUAUACUCUGUUGUCCCCUUGUAGAACACAGCCAGGGUCGGUAAGGAGUGUAUACUUUGAUGCCCACCCUUACCCUUACAUCUAUCGGUGGAGGCCAGGGACCAGGCUCACAUGGAGUGUUGAUUGGACCAGCUUUCCUGGGCGAUCGUGGGCUGUCCAUGCUGUGGAUAGCCUUCGGGCAUCAGCCCACGGGUGGAAUAGGGGAUUGUCCAAUGUGUGGUUUGAGGAAGUCGGAAGCAACGAAAUCCCUCUAUUCCUACUUACAUACGGGGGUGUCGAUGACGAGUGGUCCUACGCCUGUGCAUUUUUUCCCAGCGACCCGCCAAAGCAGCGGAAGCUGCGUGUAUUCGACCUGUGCUUUGAAGAACCCCAGCGCGCCUAUAUGAGUAACAUAUUCUACCACGAGCUUGGGCAUAUCCUCGGCCUACGACACGAGUUCGCGCAGUCCCCCGAUGAACCCGACGAGCUUGCACGCCCCUCCAUGUUCGUGGGCCAGCAGAACCCUUCGUCGGUCAUGAACUACCACCCACACCCCAGUCAACUUGUCAUCCAACCAAGCGAUUACGACGGCGUGCAAAGGUUAUACGAUAUAAAUGCACAAUUUUUCGGGAGGUAUAUGAUCAAGAACGUGGAUUUAGGCAGCAGAGCGGUGCAGCAAUUAUAUGGUAUGGAAGCUCCUCCACCUCGACAAAGUUGGUGAAACCGAGGUUGCCUGAUCUUGAGCGAACGUUUAAACAUAAUGCUAAUUUCUUUGUGUCUGGGUAACCGCGGGACAGGUUCGGAGUUGGGGGAUCUGGCUGUGCUCUGGACGAGCACGAGGGCGGGGGAUAUAUCCAAGGUCGCAAAUAUUAUGUGUUAACCGACGUACGCCUUCAUGUGUUCAUGAUAUUCAUUUUGCUUGAUUCCCCGUUUCUUUAUAUAUACCUAGUAGAUACCUAGAUAUUUAUCGAAAACUGGUUAGGCACCUGGGCAUAUAGACACGUUGAACAUCACGAGAUACAAAAUGACAUGAUUAAUCUAUGCAUAGGUACCAACGGUUCAUCAUACCAUCGGACAUCUACUCGGAAGCCGCCGGCCGUCAUUCCUUACCAGCUCAUUACCAUAAACUGAUUUGCGAUUCUAUACUAUCUUAGAUGCACGAUUGUAACAAUGGUUUGAGAGAUCGGUCCAACAAGAAAUGGGGGUACGAGACAUACUUAAGCAAGCUGUGCUAUAAUAGGAUUAAAGGGGCUGAAGUAGAUACCUAGGC